AGGUAUGGAAUGCCUGUGUGCCUGGAAUUGGGACCAGGCCUAGGAGUAUUCACAGACCUAUUAAAGUAGUCUUCCUGUCUGGGAGAUAAGGUGUGCCAGGUUCUCAUGGCUAUUGGCAUUUUAAGCCUGUUGUGCAAGAUCCUUGAUGUUUCAGCUUCCACACAUUGCUCCAGGGUCCUAGAGGGGUGGGGAGGCGCUGUCCUCACACAGGGCACACAGUCCUUGGAAUCUUUGCAUGCCCUCCACCAGCCCUUCUGCCUUUCUGGUCAUGCUCCUGAUCCACACAGAACCCCCUCUGACCCUCAGCAUAACUGGUCUUUCUGCCUUUGUCCUAGGUUGGCUGCUGUGUCUGCAACAUCUACCCUGUCCUUAUAGGCUACAAAUCCCUUUACUUUGUCUAUGACACUGUCUAUCUUACCAGGUCCCCUCUUUAGUAUCUAGGCUAAUCCUGAAGUGCAGAUACUUUAUCUGCCAAUCUGCAGGAACAAGGCUGCUUGGGAAACACUUUCUGAAGGCCUGUCAAGUUUCCAUUGUAAGGCAGGAGUUGUCUACCUGGUCCUCCAUAUGAGGUGACAAAGCUCAGCCAAAUCAGAAAGGCCUACUUGGCAAGCCCAGCAAAGGCUGAUGAGCAGAGGACCCAGGCACUUGAGAAUCACCGAGACCUUCCUGGAAUCCACACACAUCCUUGGCCCUAAAAACCUAAGUCUCAUCUCCCUCCAUGUUGUGGUCCUGAAAGAAAUGGUUGCCUCACUUCAAGCUUGGGGUGGGCAUUUGGGGCAUAUUUGGGGUGGGAAGAGCUGUUUACAAAGGCAGAGAGUCAAAGGUUAAGAGUCUGGACUCCUUAUCGACAUGUGAUAGCAAUCUCUAACAUACAAGCUAAAUGACCUAACUGUCUAGGCCUCCAUCCCAGCCUAGGCUGCAAGACCCCAAGAAUUGCUAUGACGAGCCAAUUCUAAGGUAGGUCAUAACCCCUCUCACUACCCACCACUGAGAUAGACUGCACCCCACUAACUACCCAGAGCAGUUCCAACUCGUUAGUGCCCCAAGGCCUUCUAGACCCAGAUCCUACUACCUCUUAGUCAAUGCUAUACUUGGCCACUGCCAUGUGUGCCUACAUUUCAUAUACCUCCAGGCCUUUGUCAUCUUCAACACCUAAAUUACUCUCUUGCUCUCAAAAGUUACCUGGAAUCUCACUAAAACUGGCCAUUUCUACUCUGGCCUCUAUCCAUAUAGGCUGAGCUUGGCUGUUAUCAUCCUGGUCAGGCCUGGUUUCUUGCAGCUUGAGCAGUUUCCAUAAAUACAAGUUUCAGAUUAGCCCCAGACUCGUUAUUUAGAGGGGAAACCGGACCCAGAGAGCUUACAUCAGUCUCACCAGCUCACAACAAGACCAGUCUUGACCCCAUUUAGUAUGCCUGACCUUUAAGAGACACUUGCUAAAGCUGACCUGCCCCGUUUCCCUUCAGGUUCUACUGGGGGCCUAGUCCUCAGCCUCCUGCCUCCUCGUCCUGUGACAACUGAGGCUCCUAGCAGGCCAUGCAGCUGUGUCAAGGUAUGGAACUCUACCCUGAAUAGAGAAGCAUGUCCCAACCUAGGUAGGGGCAACUGAGGCUUGGACAGACACCUGUUCAUUCUUGUCCUUGGAAGCCAGGCAAGGACUCUGCGCUGGGAGGUGCCUCCACAGAGGCCACUUUGUACCUGGGGCUGCUGAUACCCACAUUCCUGAGAAGAGAUGGGAGCCCAUCUUACCCCCAUUUAGGUGUCAAUCUAAGUGUAUGGUUGUGGAGAAGCUCCUGCCAGACUGGCUCUGAUGCCCAAGUUCCUGAAACUUGGGCAAGCAACUGCUGUAGAUGGUAUCUCUGUAGCCAUCUGACUACAGGACACCGAGUAAUGGCAGUGACAUCCAUCAACCAACAGCUAGCCACUGGCCUGGCUUUGAACUCUCCAGAGACUCUAAGGAGAUUUGUGGAAAGGGCUAAGAGAUGGCAGGUGGGGACCUAGAACCUCCCCAUAUCCCUAAAGAGGUUAUGGCUCUGUGGCCAGCAUUUUGCUGAGUCAUUUAUAGUCACCCAGUGCUGCCCGCUAGUGCUGAGUGUGGGGCUCGGGCCUGUUUCUCAGAGCUCAGUGCCUAGAAAGUGCCUUCUUCCUCCAGAAAGCCCCCUGUUCUUUAGGCUCAAAAGAUUGAUCCUUGAGGAGCAGGGCAACUAGGAACCUGCCCUAUUGCCUCCACAGACAGCAUCUCCAGCUAACAGGGAAAGAAACCAAGCAUGACCUGGGGUCCAAGAACUCAGUAUGUGUACUAGGCUGGCCCUGUCUCUGCCUCCUGAGUACUAGGAUUAAAGGGAUAUGUCGUUAUGCUUAGUUUCAAGCUGCUAGCUUUUGGAUCUAGCACUCUCUGACUCUGUGUGACCUUAGCAAUAGAUUCCAGCCUCAGUGUCCUCAUCUCUGUACUAAAAUACAGGAGCUUGUCUUUCCCUGUUAGCUGGAAAUGCUGUCUGUGGAGGCAAUAGGGCAGGUUCCUAGUUGCCCUGCUCCUCAAGGUUCAAUCUUUUGAGCCUAAAGAACAGGGGGCUUCCUGGAGGAAGAAGGCACUUUUUAGUCACGGAGCUCUGAGAACCGGACCCAGGUCCCACACUCAGCACUAGGGGGCAGCAGCGAACCAGCAGGCCAGUAGUGUGCUUGGCAGUAAGAAGAGUAUUGCAGGCCUUCUGAGUACUCUUAGGACAAAUAGAACAAUCAUGGGUAUCUAUGAUAGCUCAUCAGUAGGAAAUCCCCAAGUGACUCCCAGGGUUUAGAUAGGAAGCCUGGCGUUGACCUGAACCUCUGAAGUGGCACAACAAGGCCUCCAGGGGCUGCCCUCAGCUGCCUUUUCAUUUCUAAUUUUGACUCAGGUCACUCUUCCUACCCAAUAAGUUACUGACUAUGCUCCAUACAGUGGACACAGGAAGCCCAGAGACACUGCUUUCUCCAGGCUGGGUUCUUCCUGUCUUUGAUCAGGCAGGGGAAAGCCAAUGAUCACUGUUACUCUGCUGACCAGAUUUAGCCUAGUUACUUGGGAACCAGUAUGACUACCAAUAGAGUGUAGUGGACCCAGAGAUUCCAGGAUCAAACUAGAACAUGUGUCUACCAUAGCCAGUCUAGCAUGAGGGCCUUAGGUCCCAUGUAGUCUCAUUUGGGACUUACCUUCCAGAUGUUAGUUCUUUAUGCCCUGUGGUAACUUUUCCCUCUGCAGAUUCUAUAUUCCACACUCCUGCUGGCCCCUCAGCCUGAGGUCUCUGCCUAUCCCUGUGGGCAUAUUAACCCCUCAUCUUGAUGUUUUGCCUGUCCCCACCCCAAUGCUGCUCUGUCUCUUGAGGACUAGCCCUGAAAUGUGCCCUGCUCAGGACAUUGACAUUUGCCCUCUCCCUGCUGCCACUUUUCCCUGGUGGGCCACCUCAGCUCAGCUCAGCUCAGUUUGCCUCUUCCGUCAGGGCUAUGUUCCUGCUUCUUCCCAUGAUGAAGGCCAGCAUCUGUGUCCUUCAAACAUUCAUGGCUAGGCAAGGCCUAGCUCUCACUUGCCUGGCUUCCCAGCACCCAUACAACCUGACACACCCAGGAUGUUGUGUGAGUAGAGCAAGAGAAGCAGAGUCAAUGAGGCAGAGGCAGGGCCCCAUGAGGAUCGCCGUUGGUAAAGCUUGACGGUCCUCUGAAAAGAGGGUGACCUCUCAGCAAGGACCUGACCACACUAACAGUCACCAAGGCAGUACUGGGGGCUCCAUCUCCCUUGUGGUUCUGUGCCUUGUGUCUCGGCAUACUGCCCACCUUGGGCCUCCUUGGACCUAUAUGAACCAGGUGGGGCUGAGGUGGGAACUGCUGCCUGGAUCCCCUAUGUAGGAGCCUCUCAAGCACAGUGUAAGUCUCUUCUGGGGCCUAGAGGGCCAGCAGGGUGGGAGGAGGGCUGGGAGCCACGGUGGGUUUGGGUACAGCCUCUCACUGCAAUAUUGAUGGCCCGUCAGUGCGGCCCUGAUUCCUGUGCUUUCAGUUAAAAGGUUUCUGUUGUUGUAGCUUAUGCAGUUGCUCUGUUGCUAUGGAAACAUGACAUCAAAAUGACGUUUCCCGUUUAAAAGCUUUUAACUAAAUUCCUGCCUGUCAGAUGUAGGCCCCAUUUUGAGCGUGGAGCCGCCUCGAGCAAGCCAAGCGAGUGAACAAGUGCACUGCCUCUCGCCCAUGGUGCGCUGGCCAGGCCUGAGGCCCUGCCUGAGUGCCCUCCUUAACCCCGCAGGUGCCUCCAGCAUGGCAGCAGCCGAAGUGCCUGGCUACCUUGUGUCUCCUCAGACCGAGAAGCAUCGGCGGGCCCGCAACUGGACAGAUGCUGAGAUGCGCGGCCUCAUGCUGGUCUGGGAGGAGUUCUUCGAUGAGCUCAAGCAGACCAAGCGCAAUGCCAAGGUGUAUGAGAAGAUGGCCAGCAAGCUCUUCGAGAUGACUGGGGAGCGCCGGCUAGGCGAGGAGAUCAAAAUCAAAAUCACCAACAUGACCUUCCAGUACAGGUCAGAGGAGCGCCCUGUGAAGAAACGCAAGAUGAGGAGCUGUCACCUACAGAAAAAGAAGCUGCGCCUGCUGGAGGCCAUGCUGGAAGAGCAGCGCAGGCUGAGUCGUGCCAUGGAGGAGACAUGCCGAGAGGUGCGCCGCGUGCUGGACCAGCAGAACAUCCUGCAGGUUCAGAGCCUGCAGCUUCAGGAGCGAAUGAUGAGCUUGCUGGAGAAGAUCAUCGCCAAGUCCAAUGUCUAGACCGUCGAGAGGAUGCCAGGUGCCACGCAGUCCUCUCCAGGCCACCCAGGCCCAGAGUCCUGCCCGCCCAGGCAGGGUUCCAGAAAGGGGACAGGCUUCCGCCUGGCCUCUGUGCUUCUCUGAAGGGCUUUCUAGGACUCCAGUGGCAUAGGGAGACCUUGGGACCCCCAUCUCCAGCAUUAACGCCAGGGACUCCAGGACGGCAGGUGGUGAGGAGGUCCCAGAAGCCACUCUCCAGUAUAGUCACUAUCUGAUACUUGAACCAGCUUUUGAUAUUAAACAUACUUUCCAUUAUUGCCUGGAA